GAGGGAUCGGGAGACAGAGGAGGAAGGAUUUUUUUUUAUCACCGACAUUCUCUACCUCUGUGGUCGACAACAGUGCUCUACCGGCGGUUGGAGGAGCCAGCUAGACCCGUCGGGCGACUGGUAACCUUGGAGGCACGCCAAACCACCCAUGAGGAGGGAAGCGGGUGGAAGGAUGGCUGUCUCCCUGAUUUGACAGAAGACAUUUGUUCGGUGAAUGAGCGGAGGGCACCGUAUUGACGCAAUACCGCAGGUGAGUAACCAUGGAAUCCACUCACCUCCUGGACGGCUCCAAGAAACGGGUGAAGAUACACCCUCACACCGUCACCGCCAAGUACGCCCCACACACACCCCACACACACACACACUUCCCCCAGCCCGGAGACGAGGGCUACGAUGACGCUCCCUCCUUCGAGGACUUUGGCUCCUUCCUGGAGGAGACCUCGGACAAGAAACAGCUGACAGGAACCAGGAAGUGGACAGGAAAGGCCGGCGCUCUGUUUGGAGGGAAGGACAAAAACAAAGACACACCCCCUAGACCUCCUAUGGGGGGAGGCGAGGGGGAGGUGGAGGGAGGAGGGAAGGGUGCAGGAGGGGGAGUAGGGGAGCAGCUAGCGAGUUUCAGUGAGGCGUCUGUCUCUGCGUCUCGGCUCACGUGGGCCAGUGUGGUCUUGGCGGGGCUGGCUCACGGCUGUGUGUGUGUUCUGACGCGCCUGGCCGCCUCACGCUUUAACCUCCCACCCUUAACUCUCCUCUUGGUACGAUCCAUCCUCCAGCUGCUCUAUGGGACUGUACCAAUGAAACGGGCGGAGACGGCCUUUGGCUCAAAGGGCUAUCGGCGGAAGCUGCUCCUGUACGGUCUGACUCACUCCUUCUCCCUCUGCUGCGCUUACUCGUCCUUAUCCUUCGUCUCCCUCGGGGACGACGAGGCCGUGUUGACAACCUGGCGCCUGGCGACCACCGUCCUGUCAGCCACUCUGGCGUUGUUGCUCCUGGACGAGCGGAUGGGAUUGGUGGACCUGGUCACCGUAGCGACAGGCGUGUUAGGACUGGGUCUGGCGCUAGUUCCUAACCCAACAGGGCUGGAUGAGAACAACAACGGGACCGGGUCAGGGAUGCCCAAUGGGGGGAUGCCCAAUGUGGCGACACCGGCACAACAGUCGGCCCAGUUCUGGCGGGAAGCGUUUGGUUGGUCCCUGUCUGUUCUAGCAGGACUAUGGAUGUCUCUGGCUCUAGUAAUGUACCGCUCUCUGAAGGAACGGGUCAGUGUCGGCACCGCUCUGUUCACUGUCAGUUGGACCGGCUGUCUGAGCACCGCAGUCUCCAUGCUUCUCCUCCAACAGGGGCCAGUGUGGCCGGCCAGUCUCCAGGCUUGGUGCGUCGUCCUGGGGGUAGCUGUGUGCUCUGCUGGGGGGUUCGUGGGUGUGACCCAUGGCCUCACCCGACUUCACCCAGCUUUGGUGUCGGCUACACAGGGUCUGGAAGUACCGGUCGCUAUGAUGCUGGAGAUUGCUGUUGUGCCAUUGGUUCCCUCAGUGUGUGAGGUCAUAGGGGGUGUGGUGGUGGUGGCGAGCGUGGGUUGGCUUGUUACAGUGAAGCUCCUCCCCUCUCGAGGAAGUGGGAGGAAACAGAGAGAAGAGUACGAAGAGAUCCUGGACUCGCCAAUUAAAUAACACGCACACACACACACACACACACACACACACACACACACACACACACACACACACACACACACACACACACACACACACACACACACACACACACACACACACACACACACACACACACACACACACACACACACACACACACACACACACACACACACACAAAAGCACAUGCAAGGAGAAAUGCACGCACAAAAAUUCUGGACUUGCCAAUCAAAUAGACCACUCCCCGUCUAUCUAUGUUUCUCUCUCUCUCUCUCUGAGGUCAGUAUGUAUAUAAGAGGACUCUAUGGUGAAUGUUAAUGCUUGAGCUAAAAUAGCUGUCUUUAACCACAGAUCUAGAAUCAGAUACACCAACUCCAAUCCUUACCUUAACCAUUAGGAGGUGUCAAAAUAUCUGACCCUGUAUCAGUGGUUAGGGAAAACAUCUACCUACUCCAAUGUGAAUAGUAAAUAUAUCUAUUUUGUGUUGUUGUUGUAAAGUUCCAAUACUGUGUUUUCUUACUGGCUGUUGUGAUAGUGUGAUGUCAUAUUAAAACCCCAGUGUGUUACUGUGA